GCAGGGUCAGCGCCCCCAGGCCCAGAGUUCGAGCCCCACGAACCGACCAAAAGAAAAAAAAGGUCCGUCCGCGGGUGCCCUACAUGGCAGACUUGGCCGGUCAAGUGCUCCUGGGCUCCGGUCUCACCAGCCUGUCCCAGCCGUUCACGGACGGUGCAAGUGCUCAUCCAGGUGGGGUAUGAGCCUCUUCCUCCAACAGUGGGACCACAUAGUUUGGGGCGGCAAGGCUGUCCUGGUCUCUUGUUAUGCUCAGCACCUUGCCAGCAUCGACGGGAAGCGUGGCUCGUUCACAGGCUUCACUCCCAAGACUGUGUUCAGGAGUCCUUGGAACGGUGGUCCGUAGCCAAGUUGUGCAGCGCUCUGGGGACCUGGACAACCUGAGGAGUCAGGAAUCGGAAGUCAACCAUUUAUGGGAAGAGGGCCUCCUGGGAUGUUUUGCGGGUCUCAUUCCUCGCCUCCUAGGUGACAUUAUUUCUCUCUGGCUCUGUGACUCCCUGGCCUACCUCGUCAACACCUAUGCACUCGACAGUGGGGUUUCUACCAUGAACGAAAUGAAAAGUUAUUCCCGAACCGUCACCGGAUUCUUUGCCAGUAUGUUGACCUAUCCUUUUGUGCUUGUAUCUAAUCUAAUCUUGCUGGUGGAUUCCCUCCUUACUCCCCACUAUAUACCUCUUGGAUAGAUUGCUGGUACAUGCUGCAAAACAGAGGGAAAUAGGAGCUGAGGAAAUAGCUCGUUUUUCCUGGAAGGUUCCCUGUGGGAAGACGUAUUGUUACGACCUGAGAAUGUUAAUUUGAAGAUGUGGGGCAGGGACAAUGACGUUUCUAUAGUCCCAGAUGCACAGAAUUAUGGGACAGAAUGUUAAUUUUUAUACAGUGUGGCGUGCUUUUUAAAUAAUCAUUUAAUCUUGGGAAAAUGAAAAGAAACCUAGCUUAACUCUUACAUGAGCAUUUUUUCCCUGAGUACUCUGAAGGAAAAGUCUACUAGAGUGCUCUGUAAGAACAGCCUGGCUGAUAUGCGAAUGUUAAAAUUAAACUGCAAUGAGAUAUGACAAAAUAAAACAGGACUCAAGUUACCAUACACAGUAAGACCAAAAGAGGAUAGUCUCAGGAGAAAAACACCAAAUUGCAAUACCCAAGCACCCCUUCAUUUAUAUAUAAAAUAAUAGGCAUACUAAAAAGAACACUGAAGAUAAGGAAACAACCCCAUCUUAAUUUGUCCUAUUGUUUUUUGAUGGCUCUGUAUUCCUUACCUCAUAUAUGGUGUAUACACAUGCACAUAUUAGGGAAGGUGGGAGCAAAGUACAGAAUCAGUGGAAAGCUGGUGAAAAAAUACUUCAGAGGGGCCCAUCAGCUGCACUGGACAUUGAUGAAA